AUGUCAGAAAACCUCGCCGCCGUCCUCGAAUCAGUCGGCACCGCCCUCAAACCCGUCACCUUACCCGUCCCCUCUCCAGGUGACAACGAACUCCUGAUCCGCAACCAUGCCAUCGCCGCCAACCCCGCAGACUACAAAAUCCGUGACUUCCCUAGCCAUCUCGCCAACUUCCCUACCGUGCUGGGGAGCGAUGUCUGUGGCAUCGUAUCCGCUAUCGGGCCGAACGUCACAAAAUUCAAAGUCGGCGAUCGCGUCGCUGGUUUCGCGCUGGUGAUUGCGAAUGGGAAACGGGAGCAUGGAGCAUGGCAGACAUACACGCUUUUACAGGAGAGUGCGACGUUGAGGAUACCGGAGUUUGUCUCGUUCGAGGAUGGAGCUACGUUUCCGAUGGCGUUUGCGACUGUUGCUGUUGCGUACUUUGAGAGGCUUGGUAUUGCGCGUCCUGUUUCUGUCAACCCUAGUGUUGAUGCGGCUCAACAGUCUGGAAUGUUGGUUUGGGGCGCGUCGUCAUCUACGGGGACGGCGGCUGUGCAGUUAGCGAAGGAGCUUGGGUUCAAGGUCUUUGCAACUGCGAGCCCUAAAAAUCAUGAGUAUGUAAAGUCUCUAGGUGCAUAUGCGGUGGUCGACUAUCGUGAUCCUGAGGCUGUCUCGAAACUAGCUCAACUCGCAAAGGAGGCUGGCACACCUCUGCGGCUCGGGUUUGAUGCUAUUAGUGAAGGGACCAGUCCUCUACUUUCUGCGAACGCGCUGCUCGCAUCUGGUGGCCAAGGCAGUAAGCUAUCGUUAACCGGACCGUGGCCUACAGACAACGAGAAGCCUGCCGGCGUCGAUAUUUCCAUGACGAUAGCUGCCUUCGCGUUUGUGCAUCAUGUUGAGAUGGGAAGGUGGGUGUUUAAUGAGUACCUGCCUAAAGCAAUCGAAGAAAGGAAAAUCGUCCCCGCGCCGAAGGUGCAGAUCGUAGAUGGUGGGAUCGCAGCGGCGCAGGAGGCUUUGGACAUUGUCAAGGCUGGUGUUAGUGCGACAAAGAUCGUCAUCAAGGUUGAUUAA